UGGCCGCGGCUGCUCAGUGUUCUGUGGAGGAUGCCGGGGCUCCGCAGACCGCCUUCGGGGACUUCUGCCGCUGCAGGCCGCGUGGGAAGGACUCGGGGACACCGGGAAGCCGCGCAGUGGUGAUGGGGGCGGUGACCUUCGAGGAUGUGGCUGUGAACUUCACCAGGGAGGAGUGGGCUUUGCUGGAUCCUUCCCAGAAGAAGCUCUACAGAGCUGUGAUGCUGGAAACCUUCAGGAACCUGGUUGCCGUAGGAAGGACCUCAAUUGACCAGCAAAUUGAAGAUGAUUGCAGAAAUUGCAGGAAACAUCUAAGAAGUGAAGAGGCCGAGCAGUCCUGCCGAUAUCAGUUCCUGUGGCAGCAUGGCAAAAUGGUCUCUCUGACUCCAGAUGCACACGAGCAUGUGACAGCUGUUGGCGUAAAACCAGGUGGAAAUGUUUCCUCUAGAAGGCCCCUGGUGGGUCCUUCAUCAGCACAUGGGCCCAUGGUGGCUGCCGCUGCACUCAGACCAUUUGAACAGCAUGGAUUUCAGGAGGAGCAGUUUUCCCGCAACAGACAUGGCACAGACUGCACAGAACUCCACUCUCCUCGGAAAUAUGCAGUGACAAGUCCUGGAGAGAAGCCCCUUGAACGUAGACCCUCUGCACAGUUGAAUUCUGUUUGCACUGAGAAGAAUCCCAUUGCAAAGAAGCCAGAUGGCCAAUCAGUCAUCGCACCCAGUGAUGCCCCAGGGGGAGCACACGAUCACCGGGAACUGCAUAAGUGCACGGGGGGAGCAUUGGGAGAAGGCUUUCAUUCUCAACAAGACAUUCUGACAGCUGGAGCCGCUCGUCCUGCAGCAAAGACUCAUGCACAGAAACCCUGUGGAGAAUCCUUCACUAACGAUUCAUUGGGUAAUAAAAGCCGUCACACUGGGGAGGAAUCUUGUUCACGCAGGCAGUGUGGAUUAGCUUUCAGCAGGAGUGGUGUUUCACAAGCUGGUGAAAGCACUCACGCUGCUGUGAAACCUGCAUGUGAACAGGGCCACAAACUUUUUAGGCACAAAGAUAACUGGGAUUUGUGUGAACGAGCUCACCCUGGGGAGAAGUCUCAUGCAUGUGAGCCGAGUGAGAAAGCUUUUAGCACACAAAGUGUGUGUAAACUUCAUGAACAGACUCACACUGGGGAGAAAACCUGUGUAUGUAAAUAUUGUGGAAAAACUUUUACCACAAAACAUUCUUGUCAAAAACAUGAAAAAAUGCAUAAUGGAGAGAAACCCUAUGUAUGUAAGCCAUGUGGGAAAGCUUUCAGCACACGUGCUGAAUGUCAAAUACAUGAAGGAAUUCACACUGGGGAGAAACCCUACGUAUGUAAGGAAUGUGGGAAGCACUUCAAAAGUAAAAAAGGUUGGAAACUACACGAAAAGACUCACACUAGUGAGAAACCAUUUGUAUGUAAGCAAUGUGGCAAAACUUUUUGCAGUAAACAUAGUUGGCAGAUGCAUGAGUGGACUCACACUGGGAAGAAACUUUGCGUAUGUAAGCAAUGUGGGAAAGCUGUCAGCAGCCGUAGUGCUUUGGUGAAGCAUGAAAAGACUCACACUGGGGAGAAACCCUAUGUAUGCACUCAGUGUGAGAAAGCUUUCCGAAGUCGAGAAGGUUGGCAGAUCCAUAAACGGACUCAUACUGGGGAGAAACCGUAUAUAUGCAAGCAAUGUGGGAAGGCUUUCAACUCGAGAAGUAUAUGUAAAGUACACGAAUGGACUCACACUGGGGAGAGACCCUACAUAUGUAAGCAGUGUGGGAAAGCUUUCAGCUCUCGCAGUACCUACAAAGGACACGAACGGAUUCACACUGGAGAGAAGCCGCAUGUGUGUAGUCAGUGUGGUAAAGCUUUCAGCACACGUAGUGAUUGUCAAAAACAUGAGCAGAUUCAUACUGGGGUGAAGCCCUAUCUAUGUGAGCAAUGUGGGAAAGUUUUGCGAACAAAGUUAGGUUGGCAAAUUCACAAACGGUCUCACACAGGAGAGAAACCCUAUGUGUGUAAGGAAUGUGGGAAAGCUUUCAACAGUCCUAUUGUAUGUCAAAGUCAUGAACAUAGUCACACUGGGGAGAAACCCUAUGUAUGUAAGCAGUGUGGGAAUCACUUCAAAAGCAGAAAAGGUUGGAAACUGCAUGAAAGGACUCACACUGGUGAGAAACCAUUUGUAUGUAAGCAAUGUGGCAAAACUUUUUGCAGUAAACAUAGUUUUCAGAUGCAUGAGUGGACUCAUACUGGGAAGAAAUUUUGCAUAUGUAAGCAAUGUGGGAAAGCUGUCAGCAGCCGUAAUGGUUUGGUAAAGCAUGAAAUGACUCACACUGGGGAGAAACCCUAUGUGUGCACUCAGUGUGAGAAAGCUUUCCGAAGUCAAGAAGGUUGGCAGAUCCAUAAACGGACUCAUACUGGGGAGAAACCGUAUAUAUGCAAGCAAUGUGGGAAGGCUUUCAACUCGAGAAGUGUAUGUAAAGUACAUGAAUGGACUCACACUAGAGAGAAGCCGAAUGUGUGAGGUCAGUGUGCUCUGCACACGUGGUAAUUGUCAAACACAUGAACAGAUUCAUACUGGGGAGAAGCCCUAUCUAUGUGAGCAAUGUGGGAAAGCUUUCCGAACAAAGUCAAGUUGGCAAAUUCAUGAACGGUCUCAGCGGGAGAGAAACCCUAUGUGUGUAAGGAAUGUGGGAAAAAGCUUUCAGCAGUUACGUUGUAUGUUAAAGUCAUGAACAUACACUGGGGAGAAACCCUAUGUAUGUCUUCAUUGUAGAAGCUUUCAGCAGGAAGUAUGAUCUAAAAGAACAUGGAAAAAUGCACAGUGGAGAGAAACCCUAUGUAAACAAUGUGGGAAAGCCUUCAUCAUGAGUAGUACAUAUCAGAUACGUGAAAGAAUUCACUAUAGGAGAUACUCUAUUCAUGUAAGCAGUGUGGUAAAUCUUUCAGCACAAGUGCAAGCUGUCUAACCCAUGAAUGUACUCACACUGGAGAGAAACCCUGUAUCUGUACACAAUGUGGGAGAGCUUUGAGCUGAAAAUCGCCAUGCUAGAUACUUGAAAGGAAUCACACUGGUAGGAAAUCUUUCAUAAGAAGUGUGGGAAAUGUUUCAACACAUCUGGUGUACGUCAGAAGCAUGAGCAGGUACACACCAGGGAGAAUGGCAAUGCAUGGAACCACUGUCAGAAGCCUUUCUGCAGAAAACGUGGUUGUGACGAAUCUUAAAAAAUCCAAAGUGGGCAGAAUCCCAAUGUACGUAAGCAUAGCUUUAACAAGCAAAGCAGGUUUGGAAGCACUCAAAUUGGGAGAAUUCCUAUGUAUGUACGUAGUGAGGGAAAGCUUUCAUCACACAUGGUAAGUGUCUAAUCCAUGAAAGAAUUCACACUGAGGAGAAGCCCUGUGUGUGUAAACCCGAGGAAAAGCUGUCAGCACAUACAGCCAUAUUCGAGCUUACACUGGGGAGAAAACUUAUGUGUGUGAGCAAUGCAAAAAGCUGUGAACACACUACAGUCUUGCCUAGACAAUGUGGCAAGCUCCUAUGCUUGUAACCAAUAUGAAAAAGCUUUCAGCAGAUGACAUAAUUGUCAAAAAUGUGAAAGAACCUACAGGGCAGAGAAAGCCUGUGUAUGUUAGCAGUGUGGGAAAGCUUUCAGAUCACACAGGCAAUUGUCAGUGGCAUGUAGUGAACCACACUGGGGAGCAAUACGUACAUAAGCAGCAAAUACAGGCUUGGAACACACAGAGAUCGCCAAGAGGGAGAGAGAACUGAUUCUCCCUGGAGAAGCCCUACAUCAGUAAAUAAUGGGAGCAGACCUUCACCACACAUUGUGUUUAUGAAACAGGCAGCAAAUCACCCUGAGGUGUAAACCUGUCUAUGUAGGCAGUGUGGGAAAGCAUUCAGCCAUGAAGGAACACACACUGCUUGCUUUCAAAAAUGAAUCUGGGAAUAUUGGCUCCCUCAACUUUAUUAAAGACUUUGAGAGGAAUUCAUGUUAGGUCUUCAUAAAUUACUGUGGAAUUCA